AUGGCGGCGGCGUCGUCGGGUUCGGGCUCCUCGGCAGGGGGGCAGCCGCCGCCGCCGCUGCUGCUGGCGUCGGCGCGGGCCUGGGUGCCGCGGCCCUCCCCGCUGCCGCUCCCGGGCCGCGCAGGGCGGCGCCUCCUCCGGCUGCAGCUCAGCGCCGCGCCCGGCCGCGACCGCUUCCGCCUCGGCCUGAGGGGCGGGCCGGACUCGGGGCCCGAAGCGAGCCUGGUGGAGUACAGCCUCAGAGAGGUUUCCUACGAAGUGAAGACUCCGACAUGCCAUGAGCUGAAAGUCUUGGCCCGCCCGGACGACCCCGUGGUCUUUCAUUUUGAGGAUGAGCAUGAGGCACAGAAGUGGUGGGCAGUCGUCAGCAGCUCCCUUCGGGAGGUCCAGAAAACUGCCGAGGGCCCGCACAUGGUGACAGGACUGUCUCCUCGCCAUCUCUCAGCUGCUACAAACUCUUUGCCUGUAUCAGAGCCUGAGGCCUCUCUGCCCUUGGAGCUGGCAAGGAAAGAAGAUCUGGCGUCCCAGCUGUCUGUGGCUAUUGAGCUUGGGGACCAGGAAGAGGCUGUGCGAUGCGCCACUGUGCUGGCUCAGCAGCAAGCUGCUCUGCACGUGCUGCCGAAGGAGUCCUGCUACCCUGCGAGUGAGAUCAGCAUGAAGGUGGGGGUGGAAGACGCCACGUGCUCAGCCAACAUCACCAUCCGGGUUCACACAUAUACCACAAUCGCAGCUCUCAGGCAGAAGGUCUUCCAGGAGUAUGGCUUCCACCCCAGCGUCCAGCGCUGGAUUAUCGGCCAGUGUCUCUGUGUGGAUGGCCGGACGGUGGGCUCCUAUGGGAUCCGCAAGGAUGGAGACACGGCCUUUCUCUACCUGCUCUCAGCCAAGGUUGCCAACCUCUCAGAGCAGCGCUACAAAGAGGAUAGGGACUGGGUGCUGCUGCAGCCGGCUCCGCCUUCCCCCUUGGACAGCUCUAAUGCUGGGCGGCUGUCGUCUAGCCCUCUGCCAAAGACAGCAGGUGCAUCACAUGGAAGCAAGAAGGCGGGCCUCGAAGAGCGGCUGGGUGCGCUGCAGCUCUCCAACCUCCUUCCCAGCCAUACUCGAGCCCCUCCAGCUGCAGAGGUUGCCCCCCCUUCCCCCGUCCAGGCCGGCUGGUCAUGUCCCACCUGCACCUUCAUCAACAAGCCCACCCGCCCAGGCUGUGAAAUGUGCAGCACCGACCGGCCCGCCUCUUACAUGGUUCCUGGCAGCUACAGGCCAGACGAGAUGGAGUUGUGGCGGAUGCAGCAGGAGAAGGAGGGGAUCUUGCAGUACCAGCAGGCCCUGGAGCAGGAACGGCGGCAGAACUUCCAGCAGCUGCGCCGGCUGGACGAAGAGGCCCUGGUCCCCACCCAGGAGGCGACCGAGUGCCGCAUCUGCUACCUUGACGUGGGGCCAGGCGAGGGCGUGCUGCUGCGCGAAUGCCUGCACAGCUUCUGCAGGGACUGUCUGCGGCAGCUGAUCAACUGCAGCGAGGAGCCUCAGGUGGCCUGCCCCUUCCGGGACGACAGCUACGCCUGCAGCAGUCACCUCCAGGACCGAGAGAUCCGGGCGCUGGUGUCCGGGGAGGAGUACGAGCGCUUCCUGGAGCGGAGGCUGGCAGUGGCGGAGAGCCGGGCGCAGAACAGCUACCACUGCCAGACGGUCGACUGCCUGGGCUGGUGCAUCUAUGAGGACGACGUCAACGACUUCCGCUGCCCCAUCUGCUGGGCGCUCAACUGCCUGGUCUGCAAGGCCAUUCACGAGGGCAUGAACUGCAAGCAGUACCAGGACAAACUGCAAUUCCAGGCCCAGAACGACACUGCAGCCCGGGAGACCAGCAACAUGCUCAAGAUGCUGGUGCAGCUGGGGGAGGCCAUGCACUGCCCCGUCUGCCACAUCGUGGUACAGAAGAAGGGCGGCUGUGACUGGCUCCGCUGCUCCGUCUGCCAGACAGAGAUCUGCUGGGUGACCAAAGGGCCCCGCUGGGGGCCAGGGGGUCCUGGUGACACCAGCGGAGGCUGCCGCUGCAACGUAGACGGGCAGAGGUGCCACCCCACUUGCCAGAACUGCCACUGAGCACCUGC